AACAUGGUCAGAUCUGUGUUUAGAAAGAUCAUUUUGAUAAAUGAAUGGAGGAUAGUCUGAAAUGAGGGGAGGCUUGAGGCCUCAAGACCAACAGUAGACAAUUGCAUGAGAUAAGUAAAGUCAGAUCUUAUAGGUCUCUCACAGACUAGAUCAACAGGUUACUGCUUGUAAGGAAGCCAAAUUAAUCUUGUGCCUCACCCAAGGAAAGAUAUUGGGCACAUAGUUGUGGAGAUCCAAAGGAUAGAUGAUAAAAAUGUGUUACAUCUCCAAGGCAUUCCCCAUCCUCUCCACGUCUCCCCUAACAGAACUAUAGGCCUGGGAGGGAAAGAUUAUCAUUGUUAUAGAUUUAAGAUCGUUAUUUCCUCUCUCCUGAAUUUGUCUUCACCGGAUUCCUGUCUCACAAAGGCCAAAACCAGUCUGCUGAAGCUAUGGGAAGCUUCAGCUUGCUUGAGAAAAUAAUACUCUGAGGGAAGAAAGAGUGGAGAGCUAAGAGUAAAACUACUGCUGACUGAGCCAACGGGACCUAAAGAGGAACUACAUCCUCUUAGUCUUUGUGGUAUUCUUCCUCCUUGGCUACCUUCUACUCGGCAGCUUCCUGUUUAAGAGCUCUCAACUCCCUUUUACUGGACUUCACACUCCUCUCUGUUCAAAUCAUUGUAAUUGCCCAAGGAGCUAUGGAAAAUGGAGGUUUGUACAAAGAGUCAAGGAACCUUACAUAGCCCCUUGAGAGUCAGAGGACGGAUAAGGGGAUCAUCGGAUAAAAGAAAAAGCUCUAGUGUCAGAUUUGGAAGGCCUUGAACUUCAGUUCUAGCUUUCACAAUUUCAGGUCCUAUGACCUUAGGCUAUUCGGAAUCUGUUUCAGUUUCCUUAUUUGUGAAACUGGAAUAAAAAUAUGUGGGUCUAGGUUAAGAAAUUCUUUAAAUCUUAACACAUUAUAGAUAGGAUUAGAUGGUAAUGACAAUUCUUUAUUGAAUUUCUCUAAUACUUUAAGGCGGCCUCAAAGAUGCUCAGUGAUGUUCCACAUCUGGCGGGUUCUAUCAUGUAGGAAAGCCUGAAAAAGCUGGCUUGUAUAUCUGCUGUCCAAAGGCUAGUCUCAUUAAAUUGAGAGACAGCGGGCCAUCAACUGAAGAAAGUUUUUCCACAGCAACUAACCUGGAAGAUCUACUAGAGUUUGAAGAGGAUCCAGUUUGUGUUCCAAACACAUUCAUUUGUGGGAAUGAUCUCUGGAUAUAUAUAUAUUUUAAAAUAACACGACAGAAAGCUUCAAAGUUGAAGUUUAGCGAACUGGGACUUCAGAUUUUGGUUGUGUUAUUAAAUGUGCGAUUUUUGAGGAAGUUAACUUCCCUUGUCUUGAUCGCAAGAGGCUGUCCUAAAUGGGGCUUCCCAAUUCUAAAUCCUCUGAGCUCUUAACAGCUGGGCUCGGAAUCGGGAAAAUUGUAAGCUAAUCCUGAAUCUGACACACGGACUAUAUGGCCAUUGACAAAUUCGAGUCUCUCUGUACCAGUUUCCUCUUUAGCAAAAUGGGUUUAUAACGACAGGUGCAAUACCUAUCUGCCUUAGCAGAUGUUUUCUAAGUAACAUUCUUUGUGAGGAAGGAGGUUUUGAAAGGAAAUGUGUAAUUAUCAUUAAACAUCACAAGCUUCCACAGCUACAAAAGGUGGAUGCAGGAGGAGCUCAAGAGGGCAGGAACAUUAAAAGAGGCGGGGCCAAGCUGAGGAAGGCCGAGCCAUCUGCUGAAAGGAUCCCGCCUAAGUCUAUGGGAAAAGGUGGAGAUGCUGAGUGGGGCGGGGCGGGGCGGGACAAGCCAAGGUAGGGAGGGGACCUGUUCGCCUGCGCAGUGGGGGCCUGGAGGAUCUGGGCUCCGAUUCUCGAAGCCCGGCUGCAUAGAGGAGAUUGCCUUGGCUCGGAAUGAGCGGGUGCGCGGAGGCUGCCGCGGUGGCGGCGACCUUGCCCGGAGCAGGGGUCAGGAACCCGGAGGCACCCGGCGUGCGGCCGCCGAUGGUGCCCCGUCAAGCAUCUUUCUUCCCACCGCCGGUGCCCAACCCAUUUGUGCAAGAUACACGGAUUAGCGCCAGCAGCCGAUUCCUGAUUCUCCUUUUGGGAAGUAUUUUGCUUCCAAUCCGUGCCAUAUGCGUUGCAUUAAUAUUGAUAAUGGCUUGGCCAUUUGCUGCAGUUGCAACAGUAGGCUUACCGGAAAAAUUGACACAUCCAGUCAUAGGUUGGAGGAGGACACUUACUCACCCAGCUCUGAAGUUCCUAGGCCGAGCUAUGUUCUUUUCAAUGGGAUUUAUGGUUAGAGUGAAAGGAAAAAUAGCAAGUCCCAUGGAAGCACCAAUUUUUAUUGUAGCUCCUCACUCUACCUUCUUUGAUGGAAUUGCCUGUAUUGUUGCUGGGUUACCCUCUAUUGUGUCAAGAACUGAGAAUAUAUAUGUCCCACUGAUUGGCAGAGUUUUACGAGCUAUUCAGCCAGUGCUAGUAUCCCGAGUAGACCCUGAUUCUCGAAAGACCACAAUAAAUGAGAUAAGAAAGAGAGCCACUUCAAGAGGUGAAUGGCCACAGUUAUUAGUUUUCCCAGAAGGCACCUGCACUAAUCGUACCUGUUUGAUCACUUUUAAGCCAGGAGCCUUCAUUCCAGGAGUUCCAGUGCAGCCAAUACUGCUGAGAUAUCCAAAUAAGUUGGAUACUGUGACCUGGACAUGGCAGGGCUAUACAUUCAUUCGGCUUUGCAUGCUUACUUUCAGCCAGCUCUUCACAAAGGUAGAAGUUGAGUUUAUGCCUGUUCAUGUUCCCAAUGAUGAAGAAAAAAGUGAUCCUGUUCUUUUUGCCAAUCAUAUCCGGAACAUUAUGGCAAAUGCUCUGGGAGUACCUGUUACUGACCAUACUUAUGAAGAUUGCAGACUGAUGAUUUCAGCUGGACAGCUGACAUUACCUAUGGAAGCUGGUUUGGUGGAAUUUACUAAAAUUAGUCAGAAAUUGAAAUUAGAUUGGGAAAGUAUUCGUAAACAUUUGGAUGAAUAUGCUGCUAUUGCAACUGCCUCAAAAGGAGGAAGAAUUGGAAUUGAUGAAUUUGCAGCCUAUUUAAAAUUGCCUGUUUCUGACGUACUGAGACAGCUUUUUGCACUCUUUGACAGGAAUCAUGAUGGCAGUAUAGACUUCAGGGAAUAUGUGAUUGGUCUGGCUGUCCUGUGUAAUCCUGCCAAUACAGAAGAACUCAUCCAGGUGGCAUUUAAGCUAUUUGAUGUUGAUGAGGAUGGCUACAUAACAGAGGAAGAAUUUGCCACCAUUUUGCAGGCAUCUCUUGGAGUACCUGACCUUAAUGUUUCUGGCCUCUUCCGAGAAAUAGCUAAAGGGGAUUCAACACAUGUUUCCUAUGAGUUCCCAUCUCAUGCUGAAAGGAUGGAUUUAAGAUUAGGAAUUUAUGGAAGCCUCAGUGGAAGAUGCUUUGGACAAUCAAAUUCACAAUUACUGUUCACAAGGACAUGAUUGGUGAGCUAUGAGGAACAGUAGAAAAAAAUAAUUAUGAGAUGAGGAAAAUGAAGCUCAACGAGGCUGGAAGACUUGCUGGAAGUUAAGCUUCUAGCAAGAGGGUAAAUUUGGGACUAGAAUAUUGGACUUCUUACUACCCAUAAAUUUAACCCUUUACAUAUGGGCCAAUUAGUUUUACCAUACCUUUUUUCAGUCAUGGAUUAACAAGCUGUGACAUUGCAACGGGGGCAGAAAAAAGUCUUGCAGAUGGCUCAGUGUGAACUUUUCCCCACAACUGGAAACACAUUUCAAAAUGUUUGUCUUAUUUAUGAUGUCUCAGGAGUAUCCUCUUCAUGGUUGAAGGCUAGCAAAUUUAUUUGAUUAAAUUCAACAAGCUUUGAUUAAUUGGACAAAGUACUAUGCAAGACAGAGUAGAGACAGACAAAAAUGAAGCAGUCCAGAGUGGGAUAAGGUAUAUAAUAAGCCCACAGAUACACAAGUAUACAAAAAGUAAACCCAAAAAAACUUUCAGGAUAGGUGAAACUCACAAACAACUACAGAGAUCCAUCUCUCCAUAUCUGGGCUCUAGGCAUUUUCUCUGUCUGUCUUCAGUACCUAGUUCCUCUGCUUCAACUACCACCCCACCCUGGCUUUUAAGUCCCAAAUAAAAUCCCACUUUCUACAAAAG